ACCGUCGGACCCCUUCCUACAAGCCACCGACUUUGCAGACUCUUGUCACGCGGAGACACUUUGGCUGUUAAGCAUCGAGCACGGUCCAGCGUCGACUCGCCGUCCAUCCUCCAUUAUUUCCCUAUUCCUCUUCGUCCACUUCCCAUCUGGACGUAGUAGUACCUUGAUGAUCUUCGGCUCCCGACUGAUACGCUCAUUGGCUUCCUCACCGAGCCAUUCAUUAACCGACCUCUACCAGCCCUUUUUCGGUCGCAAAGUCCAACGAAAGGCCCUCCUCAUUGGCAUCAGCUACGUCCAAGAAGAAUAUCGUUCGAAUCCUGAACUUCAGCUCCCGCAAGGCCUUCAGAGGGAUGUCGAUGGAAUACGUACCCUCCUUGAAGACAGAUUCGAGUUCAAGAAGGAAGAUAUCACCGUCCUGACCGACUUCCCCGGCGUUCCUCGCGAUCAAUGGCCUACGAAGACGAAUAUUGAGACAGCAAUUCAAGACUUCGUCGACGGAGUCAAGGCUGGCGACAUUCGUUUUCUUUUCUACGCUGGCCACGGACACCAAAUACACAACGAUAACAGCCGUGAAGAUGACAAACGCGAUGAGCACAUUGUUCCUUGUGACGCUGUCGGUCCUGACUUCAUCGCGGAAAAGAUGAUUAUCGAUGAUUUUCUCAAGAAUACAUUGGUGAUGCCCCUAGCAGCUGCAGACGCGAAUUUGACGGCUGUUUUUGAUUGCUGUCACAGUGGCACAGUCCUCGAUCUUUCGCAUUACCGUUGCAACGAUUGCACAUCUUGGACAAGCAACGCCCGUCGUAUAUACAGACAUGUCUUUUCCACGCCCUCUGUGAACUUGACCCUGAUGGUUCCCUUCACCAUCAACAUGUUUAGGUCUGCGGCUUCGAUAUACUUGGACCCGCACAUAGAGGACUGCAAAGGGUUUUGCUCGCUCUCGAAGCGCAAGGGUCCAGGAUACGUGUGCAUUUCUGCCUGCAGGGACGGGGAACAGGCUUGGGGCGGCACCAGGGGAGGGGCGCUGACUAGGGCAUUCAUUCAGGCACUAGAGCACAAUCCAAAACUCACACUCAAGGAACUAAAUGUCUUCUUGCACACCGAAGUAACGAUCCGCUCCAAGAAUGCGGAAAAGAGGAGGAGGAAGCAGCAGAAGGCUGACCCCUCAAAGAUGGUUCAACGUCUCCAGAUAUCCAGCCUUUGGCCUUUGGAUAUGAACCAGAACUUUAUGCUUUGAACGAUGUUGUCUUAUGACAGACAUGUAUACCCCACCGUUUCGUCCCCUUCCCAUUUUACCAGCUAUCUACUUGCUCUCGAUCUG